AUGGUUGAUAGCAACUCUACAUCAUUUGGCUCGGUUUUAGCUUCUGGCAUUCAAGAUGUGGCAGCUAUGGCAGCUCUGUUUGGCACAGAUAUAUGCGAUACAAGUGCUGGAUUAGCGUUGACUAGAGGGUACUUGUUUCCUGCUGCAUGUAGUAUGUCAAUGUUUGGAGUGCUUGGCCUUGCAAAGCACAUAAUCAAGUCCUUUUUGCCUCUGCGCAUUGCCAAGAAUUUGGGCAUCGAAGUCGAAAAGCUUGACACAUAUGGGAUAGACAAAGCGAUACACGGCGUAGCAAGUAAAUUGUCGUCGCAUUCAAAAACCCGUUUGAAUGCACAAAAUGUCAGGAUAUGCAUACGUGUGCCAGAUUAUAACAGGUCCAUCUGGAUGGGCGCUUUUGUUUCUUGCUUUCUUUUAUCCUGUUUCAACUUUAUACCCUACGUUCCGCACUACAGAACAUUCUACUCGAACUUUGAAGAUCCCCUAAACUCAUCUGACCCACACAUAUACUUUCCUCUUCUCUUGACAUGCUCCAGCUUUGUGGCAUCCUUCGUCUGCUGGUUUGAAGCUGCUAUCAUGCUAUCGGGAUCCCCAUCACUCUAUACAUUAGCUGCUUUAGAUAUGGAUGUGUUUGUGCCUUAUUACUUUGGCAGUUUGCUUGCCAGGCGCAUUGGUUAUGCUAUAGGGCUUCUCUCAGCCGUAGGUAUUGUCAUUGGCUAUAUUGGCUCGUACUUGGUUGUCCAAAAGAUGACACCGACGGAUACCUACUACUGGCUUGGGCUUCAGCUUGCACUGUGCUUCUUACGCCUGGUGAUAUGGUCAUGGAGUGCGGAAAAGGAUGACUUGAAUGUGAUAUAUCUACGGUAUAAGAUAGACAGAAGCGAUGAAGGAGUUAUCAGGCAAAUUGAAAGAUUGUUACAUACAAGAAAAGAGGCAGAGGAUGCAACCAGCAAGCUCAAGACUGGUGGCUACUUCAUUCGGUCUGAAAUAGUGGAUGCAUAUUAUCAAGCAAAGUAUCACUUUCACGAUGUGUUUAUUCCUGGCUUUAAUGAUGUUAACAUACAAGCCUUCCUCCGUCCGUUGGAAAAAACAAAAAGAGCAACAUACUACAUAAUGUGGAACGAUAAGCUACAUCGUAUAGAAAAGGUUCUUGCGAUGUUUGAAAACAUAGCUUUGAUAAUGGAAGUUGCAGUUACGGAAGUAGGAAGCCUGUUACAACCAAUAAAACAUCGGGUGGUGCGCUAUGCUCAAGUUGCAUUUAAAAACUCGUAUUAUCAUGAAGAAAGCGAUCUUGAAGCUAUAGCAGAGGAACAAAUAGAUGCUAAUACACUGGCAAAGCUGAAGUCAAAGGUGGAUGUUAUUAAUCCAUGGAUAAAACUUGUCACUUCACGGAGGCAAGUUGACCUUGAGCUUGAAAAAGACGAGCAGCCAUUUCAAACUAUCGAACUAAAGUCCUUUUAG